GUUGCGCUGCUGGAGCAGAGCGUGGCUCCCGGCGGCGGCGCGUGGCUGGGCGGCCAGCUGUUCUCUGCCAUGGUGGUUCGCAAGCCCGCGCACCUCAUGCUGGACGAGCUGCAGGUGCCGUACGAGGACGAGGGCCACUACGUGGUGGUACGGCACGCGGCCCUGCUGACGUCAACCCUCAUGAGCCACGUGCUGAAGAACCCCAACGUCAAGCUCUUCAACGCCACCGCGGUUGAGGACCUGGUGGUGAAGCCGGACAAGACCCGCGGAUCGGGAGCGCGCCGCGUGGCUGGCGUGGUGACCAACUGGUCGCUGGUGGCCCAGGCGCACGGUACGCAGAGCUGCAUGGACCCCAACGUCAUCGAGGCCGGCGUCGUGGUGUCGGCGUGCGGCCAUGACGGCCCCUUCGGAGCCACCUGCGUGAAGCGCCUGGCGCGCCUGGGCAUGGUCCCCGGCGGUGAGGUGCCCGGCAUGGGUGCCCUGGACAUGGAGGCUGCCGAGGGUGCUAUCGUGGGCGGCACCCGUGAGGUGGUGCCGGGCAUGGUGUUGGCGGGCAUGGAGCUGGCGGAGGUGGAUGGUUCGCCGCGCAUGGGCCCCACCUUCGGCGCGAUGAUUGUGAGCGGCCGCCGCGCGGCGCAUGUGGCGCUGGCGGUGCUGGAGCGGCGCCGCAAGGCGCAGGCGCUGGCUUCGGCCGAGCAGGGCGUGGAUGCUGCCAUCGCGAUGGCUUGAGGGAGUAGGGCGGAGGAUGGAGGACGGAGAUAGUUGCGCGUGGGUUGUUGCUGUGUGGGUUGUUGCUGUUCUAGCGCUGGGGUGCGCUGUGUGCACGGUUGCUAGGUGUGGCAGGAUGGAGUUUGGAGUGCGGUUGUUUGUGUGGUAGACAUGUACGAGGAAUGUUGGAGCAUGUUGUAUGGUAUCGGUACCCGUUGUGUCGGUGAAAAAUGUGUAUCCUAACAGGUCAGUACGGUUGUUUGUGUGAAAUAAAUUGAAAUAGGAUAUUGGUUUUGGGAGCCGCUGCAUGGAAAACAGUCCAAAUGUUUCCCAACACGGACAGCCUGUAGAACACGUUCAUCCUUAUUCCGCCAUAACCUUGUAACGUACGUAAAAGCAACAA